AUGGAGAAAAGGGAGUUUCUUUUCUGGAAAGUGGGAUUGAUAUUUUUAGCAAUCCUAGACGGUUCUUCUGCAACUCUGUCUCCUUCUGGUAUAAAUUAUGAAGUUGUAGCUUUGAUUUCUAUAAAGCAUGACUUAAGCGAUCCAUAUAAUGUUCUGGAGAAUUGGGAUGCUAAUUCUGUAGAUCCUUGUAGUUGGAGGAUGAUCACCUGUUCCCAAGAUGGUUAUGUUUCUGCUUUAGGGCUACCUAGCCUGGGAUUGUCAGGGAAAUUAUCGCCUGGAAUUGGGAAUCUCACUAAUUUGCAAUAUGUGUUGCUGCAGAACAAUGACAUUUCUGGUCCUAUUCCAACUGUAAUUGGGACUUUGGAGAAGCUUCAGACACUCGAUCUCUCAAACAAUAAAUUUAUUGGCGGAAUACCAAGUUCUCUAGGAGACCUCAAGAAUUUAAAUUAUUUGCGGCUUAGCAACAACAGCCUUUCCGGACAAAUUCCAGACACUCUUUCUAAUGUCAAAGGCCUCACUCUGGUGGACCUCAGUUUCAAUAAUCUUAGUGGUUCUGUGCCGAAAAUUUCUGCUAGAAUGUUCAAAAUAGUUGGGAAUCCUUCAAUAUGCAGGCAGAGUUCUCAAAAUAAUUGUUCUUUUGUCUAUCCAGAACCAUUGUCCUUCCCAUCAGAUACUGUGAAAGAUCACUCAGAAUCUGGAGGAAAAAGCCAUAUAGCUGUAGCUUUUGGAACAAGCUUUGGGGCUGCAUUUUUAGUUGUAAUUGUCAUUGGGUUGCUUGUCUGGUGGCGAUAUAGGCGCAAUCAGCAGAUUUUCUUUGAUGUUAAUGAUCAAUAUGAUCCAGAGGUACGCUUAGGACAUUUGAGAAGGUAUACCUUUAAGGAGCUCCGAGCUGCAACUGACCAUUUCAACACGAAGAAUAUAUUGGGGAAGGGAGGAUUCGGGAUUGUGUACAAGGGCUGUUUAAAUGAUGGGACUGUGGUGGCUGUCAAAAGGUUAAAGGACUAUAAUGCUGCUGGGGGUGAAAUUCAGUUUCAGACAGAGGUAGAGAUGAUUAGCUUAGCUGUCCAUCGAAAUCUUCUGCGUCUAUGGGGGUUCUGUUCAACUGAAAAUGAGCGGCUUCUUGUUUACCCAUAUAUGCCAAACGGGAGUGUGGCGUCUAGGUUGAAAGAUCAUGGCCAUGGGAGGCCGAUAUUAGACUGGUCUAGACGGAAAAGGAUUGCUUUGGCCGUCCGAGGCACUGUUGGUCACAUUGCUCCGGAGUAUUUAUCAACCGGUCAAUCUUCGGAAAAGACUGAUGUCUUUGGGUUUGGAAUUUUACUUCUUGAGUUAAUUACGGGUCACAAGGCUGUGGAUUUUGGACGGGGAGCCAACCAAAAGGGGGUGAUGCUUGAUUGGGUAAAGAAGCUCCAUCAAGAUGGUAAGCUGAACCUUAUGGUGGACAAAGAUUUAAGGAACAAUUUUGACAGGGUAGAAUUAGAAGAAAUGGUCCAGGUUGCUCUCCUUUGUACUCAGUUUAAUCCUACCCAACGUCCUAAAAUGUCGGAAGCAUUAAGGAUGUUAGAAGGUGAUGGUCUGGCCGAAAAAUGGGAGUCAUCACAAUCAGCUGAGACAACUCCGAGGUAUGGAAAUCCUCUACAAAGAUAUUCCAAUUUCAUCGAAGAAAACUCUCUUGUGAUUGAAGCAAUGGAGCUCUCAGGCCCAAGAUAA